ACAAACAAUUGUAGGACUUGAUACAGGUACACAAUUAUUCAAACAUUGCCUAAUCUUGCGUUUUAAUGUUCAGUCCGUCUCAAACAAUAAGGAAAUGAGUCCAACAUUUAUUUUUCCGACUCUAUUUCUGCUGGCUUCAUUGGCUGCGUGCCAAUUGCAGCCUCCUUUUCUGGGUGCGUCCCAGCCUUGUUAUGAAACAGAGCAGGACGGAGUUCAAGGAUGGUGUGAGCACAAAGGGUGUUGUGCAGGGGGCAAUUUUGUGUCCGGGUUAUGUCCAAAUUACCCCGAUCAGGUUGGGUGUUGCUAUUCCUCCAAUGAAUGUGGGGCAGAAUGCACUGAAACAUGCACUGAUGACGGUCACCAAGACUUGGCUUGUGAGCUAUUGGCCAAGUACGAAGCUGGUCAACUGUUCUUGAAACCUGACCAUUUCAGUCCCAACGGUAAUGAUCCCUAUGAUGGAGCUUCUCCCCUCUCGGAAAUCAGAGACACGUGUUACGGACGUCAGGCCAAAAGAUCCGCCUAUGGGACUGCUCCAGGAGGAUGCGUUUGUCUGCAAAAGGCCUUAUUACAAACCAUGCUGGAUUACAGCACCCAAUACUUUGACACGACUGGUCUAGCUUUGCAAAUCAACUCAAUGGCCGGAUCAUCUCACUCCAGUUCUAAUUCUUGGCAUUAUGAAGGCAACACAAUGGACGUGGCUUGCAGUACGCCUCUGUACCAUUGCGACGAAGUCCUGGAUUUCUGCAGGUCUCGCGAUGCUAUUGAAUUGUGCUUCCCUGGAUCUUCUUGUGGAAGCCAUGAAACUUGGGUCCAUUGUGCAAUGCCCAUGGAUGAAGGGGCUUAAGUACUUUUUGCUUCUAUGCAAUACAAUAUUUUGGCAUUUGUC